CAUUCUGAAGAUGGGAAUAGUAAUCCUUGCUUCAAGUUUUCUGUGUGUGUUUCUUGUCUUAGGCCUCGUCAGGAGCAUAUACAAGCUAUGGUGGAUUCCAACUCGCAUACAGAAGCUGAUGGCUUCUCAGGGAAUCAGAGGGCCUUGUUAUAGACUCAUCCAUGGGAACACCAAGGAAAUUUCCAGCAUGCACAAGGAAGCCAUGAGCAGGCCAUUGGGUUUAUCCCAUGACAUACUUUCUUAUGUUCAACCGCAUGUUAACUCAUGGACCAAUAUAUAUGGAAAGACUUACCUUCAGUGGCACGGCACGCGAGCUCAGUUGGUGAUUCAAGAACCUGAGUUGUGCAAAGAGAUACUGAACAACAAAGAUAAGGCUUAUCCGAAAAGAGGGUCUCACGACUUUGUGAAGAAGCUAUUAGGGGAUGGUCUUGUAACUACAGUAGAACCCGAAAAAUGGGCAAAACUGCGAAGGAUUGCUACCCAUGCCUUCCAUGGAGAAAGCUUAAAAACUAUGAUUCCAGAUAUGAUCGCUAGUGCUAAGACAAUGCUUAAAAGGUGGAAAAUCCAUGAAGGAAAAGAGAUUGAGGUGUGUGAGGAAUUUCGGCUCUUCACUUCAGAAGUGAUUUCGAAGACAGCCUUCGGAAGUAGCUAUGUAGAAGGAGAGCUCAUAUUUCAGGCAGUGAUGAAAUUGUGCUUCUUAUUGUUCAAAAAUGCGCUCACAGUCAAGGUUCCUGGCAUAAGCAAGAUAUCUAAAAGCAGCGAUGAGUUGGAAUCAGAGAGACUCGAGAAAGGAAUUCACAACUCCAUAAUAGAAAUUGUUAAUAAAAGAGAAAAGAAGGCAUUGUGUGAUGGAGAAGACAGCUUUGGGAGUGAUUUUCUUGGGUCACUUCUGAAGGCUCAUCACGAUGCCAAUCAGAACAUGAGGAUUUCAGUGGAUGAUUUAGUUGAUGAUUGCAAGACUUUUUACUUUGCUGGACAAGAAACCACCAAUACAUUGCUUGCUUGGACUGUUUUUCUUCUAGCACUUCAUAUAGAUUGGCAAGAGGAAGCAAGGAAGGAGGUCCUGCAAUUAUUUGGAAAACAGAAUCCAAAUCCUGAUGGCAUUUCCAAGCUUAAAACGAUGAAUAUGAUUAUCAAUGAGUCUCUGAGGUUGUAUCCUCCUGUUGUUUCCCUUGUAAGGAAAUCUGGAAGAGAAGUUACACUGGGAAAGGUCAUUGUUCCUGCUGGUCUUGAACUAGUUGUCUCAAUUCUAGCAGUUCACCGUGAACCUCAAAUCUGGGGACCAGAUGCGCAUCUUUUCAAACCAGAGAGAUUUUCAAAAGGAGUUGCUAAAGCUACUAACAACAAUAUUGGUGCCUUCCUCCCCUUUGGCUUGGGACCUCGCACAUGUGUGGGCUUGAACUUUGCAGUCACUGAAGCUAAGAUUGUACUGUCAAUGAUCCUACAACGCUACUCAUUCACCCUCUCACCGGGUUAUGUUCACUCCCCCUUUCAGUAUAUUACCAUUCGUCCUCGACAUGGAGUCCAAGUAAUGCUGCAGCCAUUAUAAACUGUGGAGUUCAGAGAUAAGGAACUUUUAUGUAGGGUUGGAUUGGUUGAUAUACCAGUCUUAAUUUUCCAAUACCAUAUACCAACUAAUAUAUCUUUGGUAUGAAAAAUCCACAAUUUAUACCAACCAAUAACAUUGGUAUACCAAUUAAGUGGUACGGUUGGUAAUGAGCUUGUACCAACAUAUUUAAGGCCUAAAAAUUUAAAGGUCCAAUCCAAAUAAGUAAUAACAAAUAAGUGAAAUAGCAAUAGAAUUCCAAAGUCUUAUAUAACUUCAACCAAAUUACCAAAUACAAAGUCAUAAAUAGAAAGCCAAAGUACAAAUAGUCAAACUGUUAAAGUACUUAUGAAUUCUCAAAACAAUUGAAAAAAUAAAUGAUAGGUUUAAAUGCGAUAUGCCAACAUAUGUUGUAAGCAAGGAUGAUGCUAUUGAUAGGUCUAAGCAUUUGUACUUAGGAAUUCGAUUGAAUCGAUUCAUUCAUAAUUAAAUAAAGAAAUUGAAGAUGAGAAAAAAAGUGUACUUGAGAAAGAAACUCAGAGAGAUUAGAUUAAGGUUCGUAGAUUUAUACGGUUUAGAUUUAUUUUUCAAUAAAUCUACGGUUGAAAUUUAAAGAUAUAUAUAUAUAUUUUAAUUAAAUAAUUUAAUAUGAUAUAAGUUGGUAG